AUGGAUGGCUUGAAGAGAUCCGUGGAGGUUAUACCGGAUAUCUAUUGUUUCGAGCCUUGGGAUUUUCCCGAUAAGUCAAUUGUUAAAUCUGAAACCGAAUGGUUCUUCUUCUGUGCCCGUGGCAAAAAGUAUCCAAAUGGUUCACAGAACAACCAAGUCAUCGGAACAAAGAGGACGCUUGUCUUCCAUAUUGGUCGUGCACCAAAAGGCCAAAGAACAGAGUGGCUUACUAUGCACGAAUACUGCAUGAAAGGAGGAGUAUUUAUGGUAAACUAUUCUAAGGUACACUUCUUUUUUGCUGUUAACCAUUACAUCAGAGGUGAAUCAUGGGAGAAGCAUCUCACUGAGAUGGCAGAAACAGCAGAAAAUCUACAGGUGCAAACUGAACAGUGCCAAAGGGAUGAAAUCAUCAAUCUUGACGAAGUGAUGAUGAUAGGGAAGACACCAAACGAAGUGCCAACACUAGAAUCAGCAUCAAUGGCGAUAAGGAUACUUCCUUUACCAAACAUGAUAGACAGACAGAUGGCUUCAUUUUUAGAGGAAAGACCAUCACAGGAGAAGAAAGGUAAAGGGAACAGUGGCACGGAACCAUUGUCGAGCUGCUUCAUGGGUGUAUACUCGAUCAAAUCGGUGAACUGA